AUGGCAGACGGGAACGUCAUUGCCUAUAACGUGGCUGUGUUCAUCAGCACUUUAUUCGUCCUCGAGUUCGGGUCCGACAAGUUCGUCGACCACACCGCCGUUGUCGCACGACGCACCGGGGUACCUGACACAAUAAUCGCGCUUCUCACGGCCGGCGCGGAAUGGGAGGAGCUGGUUGUCGUUAUUUCCUCUCUUGCCCAAGGACGUUCGUCACUGGCAGUGGGUAACAUCGUCGGGUCUGCCAUCUCGAAUAUACUCGGCGCCUUUUCACUGGGUCUCGUAUUCCGUGGGACGGAAGAGACAACCCAGUUCGAUAGGAGUUCUCGGAUAUAUUCAGUUCUCCUGCUGAUUGUCACCACCUUUGUUACGCCCGUCACAUACUUUUCCCGCGGGACGAUUUGGAUAACAUGCGGUGCCAUUUUGAUCGCCGUCUUCGCCGUUUACUUGAUUUCAGUAGGCUGGGCAAUCAGCAAGGGCAGCCUUGCGGCUCCGGAAGACUCGGAUGAGAGCAGCGACCAGAGCAGCGAUGGACAAAGCGACGCGGACUCAGCAGGGACGUCGGCCAGUCGAGAAUUGACCGAGGACCAGGAACCUUGCGCCUGGCUACACCAACGGAGCGGCAGUUCGACACCCCUUCUCCCAGCACAGAGGGUCAGCCGUGGACGUCAAAGUCUGGGAUACCAUAUCCUUUACCUUAUGUUUGGGUUCUUAGCCAUCUGUCUGGCCGGUUAUGUCAUAUCCCACGCUGCAAUGAACAUCACCGAUACCCUCGGCCUCUCUGAUGUUCUCUUCGGAGUCAUUGUCCUCGCUAUUGCCACCACACUCCCUGAGAAAUUCGUUGCCGUUAUGAGUGGACACCGAGGACAUAUUGGGAUCCUUGUGGCUAAUACUGUUGGUAGCAAUAUUUUUCUUCUAUCACUCUGUAUGGGCAUCAUCAUGGUCGACACUUCCGGGGAAUUCAAUAGUGGCAAUGUCAACAUCCCCGAACUAGCAGUGUUGUGGGGCUCAACUCUUGCUUUUACGUUAACCGUUUGGAUCGGUGGCAGAUUUGAUCGUUGGAUCGGAGGCGCAAUGCUUGUUGGCUACGUUGCCUUCAUCGUGCUAGAGUUUACAGUUAUUCACAACGUCGCCGUUACGUAG